CCUUCAAAAAGUAACUGUAGGCAUCCCCUCUCAAUAACUACAGUAAGCCAGGCAAACAGGUUGCUCUUGAACUCUCUAUGUCCUCUCUUGCCCUUGUUCUAUCAGAUAUUCCUGGCUCCCCCACAUCAGGGUAAAGUUGAUUUUACUAUGGUCCGAACUUAAAUGCCAACAAUAUCAGAGGAAUCAGGCUAGCUUUACUUCUCUUCCUGCAACCCUGCCAAAUACUAGCUUAACGCCAAGCAUUGCAGAAGGUCAUCUCAAAGAAUGACUUCUAGAGUUGGUCGUAAACUCCCUUGAGCAGUCCAAAAGGUAUUACACAAAGUCUAUCCAAUAAUAGCACCCAUAUUUAAUUUAGAUAGUAUUUUGGUUGUGCUGAAAUCAAAGCAGGUUAGCAGUUUCCCCAGAUGAAUGACUGUGUUCCUUACCCUUAGAGAAAAGAGAGUUGUCAUUUUUAAUCUGAUCACUUAUUAUUAGAAGUUUUGUCUUGCCACGGGCUAUUUUUCUCAUUCUUGUGAAACUGUUAGAAGGCUAUCAUUUCUUGUACCAGCCAUAGAGUCCAGUCUCUUGAUUUGGAAGUAUUUUACAAAUAAUGUAUAAAGCAGGAGUAACUGUCAUAUUAUUGCAGAAAUGAUCAGUUUGGAAUGGAGACUGCAAUCCAUAGGAGCAUUCUUACAAAGACCUUACAUAGCAUCAAACCCUAAGCAGAGGUACAGAUACAUAUUGGAGCUGUGGUUGAGGCUUCCCCGACAAAUAAAUGAGCAUCUCCACAGAAGAGAAUUUUUCACCCUCAGGGUUCAUUCAAGGACACAGGUAGAGGGCUCCCCAUCAGGACUGAAACCAGCAGUUAGCUAAGAAUCUGACUGUCAUCUACAGUUUGCUAAUCUACACCUGCUACCAUAGGCCUGGGUACCUUGUCUUUGUAUUCCAUCUUGUUGAAAAGCAACUGCUUUUAGGUCAGGACAAAAGGCAUAAAUGCUACGUAGUGAUCACAUAUACAUCACAGAAUACUGGGAAAUAAGGCUGGAGGAGACUCUUGUUGUCUAAUCCAUCCUCCUCCCCCCAGACUGCUCUGCAGAGGCUGUUGUUGAUUCAGUCAAAUGGUUUUCAUAUGCAGGGGAAUCCACCAGGGUUACUGGGAAACACCUGUAGCUCUGUGGUUAAAGAAUGUGCCAGCUAGUAAAAAAGACUAGUAGCUGUUACGUCACUGUGCGGAAAUAAAAGCAAGGAGCUGCAACAUGGAGGUACAUCCACCUUUAUGGAAGCAUUAGCAGCCAAUGGUACAACCAACAUACAGACGUCUGUGACAGGAGUCACAGCCAGCAAACGAAGGUUUAUUGAUGACAGGAGAGAUCAACCUUUUGACAAAAGGCUACGUUUCAGCGUGAGGCAGACGGAGAGCGCGUACCGGUACAGAGACAUUGUUGUCAGGAAACAAGAUGGAUUCACACAUAUUUUGCUAUCGACAAAAUCAUCUGAAAAUAAUUCACUAAAUCCAGAGGUAAUGAAGGAAGUCCAGAGUGCACUGAACACAGCAGCUGCAGAUGACAGUAAACUCGUUCUGUUCAGUGCAGUUGGUAGCAUUUUCUGCUGUGGUCUUGAUUUUAUUUAUUUUAUACGACGUUUAACGGAUGAUAGAAAAAAGGAAAGCACUAAGAUGGCAGAAGCUAUUAGGAAUUUUGUGAAUACUUUUAUUCAGUUUAAGAAGCCUAUCAUUGUAGCAGUAAAUGGCCCAGCCAUUGGACUUGGAGCAUCUAUAUUGCCUCUGUGUGAUGUGGUUUGGGCUAACGAGAAGGCUUGGUUUCAGACACCAUACACUACUUUUGGACAAGGUCCGGAUGGAUGUUCAUCCCUUACAUUCCCUCGGAUAAUGGGCCUGGCUUCUGCCAAUGAAAUGUUGUUCAGUGGAAGGAAGUUGACUGCACAGGAAGCUUGUGCCAAAGGACUCGUCUCUCAAGUGUUUUGGCCGGGAACAUUCACACAAGAAGUAAUGGUUAGAAUCAAGGAACUGGUCACAUGUAACUCAGUUGUACUUGAAGAAUCCAAAGCUUUAGUACGCAACAUCAUGAAGGUGGACUUGGAACAAGCAAAUGAAAAGGAAUGUGAAGUUUUGAAGAAAAUCUGGGGCUCAGCACAAGGAAUGGACUCAAUGUUAAAAUAUCUGCAGAAGAAAAUUGAUGAGUUCUGAUGAGAUGCCCAUUGACACUGGAAUUGUAUUUCUGGGACAUCAGGGCAAACGUAAAGUGCCCAUUUAAAAAAAACUAUAUAAACUAACCCCUUGCUCAGCUUGGGAACAGGAGUGGACACCCUCCCCUUUUAUUGUCAAGGGGUUUAAAAGUACUGUAUCACUUAAAUCUGAACAAAACUCCUUUCUCCCUGAUUGUUACAUAUAGAUAUACACACACACACACAAGUGUAUGUGUGUGCAUAUAUAUGUCUUUUAUAUAUAUAUAUAUAAAAUGUAAUAUGUGUGUGAGAGUGUGUAUGUAGACACACGCACACAAGCUAAAAAAAAAAAAAGAUAGAGUGCACUACCAAACAUCUCUUUAAAGGCUCUAGUUUUUGUUAUCUUUGGCUAGUACUGUAUCAAAUAGAGAAUGGAUUAAAAAGUGAAUGGUGUUGCAUUAUUUUCUGUGUGGCAGGGAAGUCUGGAAUAAUGCUUUUCUUGUUCAUUAGAUUACAGCAUUGAAACGGGUAUUAGCCAGCCCUUACUUUCACUGCCCAAGGAGUCAGCGAAGAUAGAAGGCCUUGUCUUAGAAGAAGGUUGAAAUACCUCAAGCAAUGGAACAUUGUAAAAUGUGGGGUAAUUAAACCCUGUUAAGCUUACAUCACAUAUAUCCCCAAAAAGAGAGUGUGCUCAGGAUUAUUGCUAAGAAAACACUCUGUCCUUUUUGGGGGGGAGGUAUAGAGGGGUGGGAGGAAGAGGGCAGGAAUACGUUUAAUUCUUACCCAGAUAACAUGAAGAAACCACUGUCUCUUAGGGAAGGGGAAUGAGGGGAAGCGGGAGGGAAAUGGAAGGGGAAAGAAAGAAAAAAUAAAAAAGAGCUUGUUUUGCAGUAUUAGUGAAUCACUGAAUAUCUUCUGUAUGACUAUCCUAAGUUAUAAGUUAGUUUUAGUGGGGUUUUUAAAAACGUCUCUGAAUUUGGGAUUUUUUUGUUUGUUUUCUUGCUUUUGGGGUUUGGUUUUUUGUUGUUUUGUUUGGUUGUUGGGUUUCUUUUUUAAUAACUACAUAAGUGCUUCUGUUGCUGGGUGAGAAUACUACUUUAUAUACAGUUUGGAUUUUGUUUUUGGUUCUUUUUUCCUAUUUGCUGGUUUAAUUGAUGUAUUACACCAAAAAUGCAUUUUAUGUUCAUAAAUUUUAGGUUCACUUAGAAUAUAUUAUUUAAUAAGUUAAAAUUCUUUUGGCACACUAUUACGUAAAAAAUGAAAAACUCCUUUUUAAAAAAAAAACAACUACCUUAUAUUAGAUGUUUAAUGUUCUUUGUCUAUGCUUUUUUAUUAUUUUAAAUAUACACUAUAUACGGUAUGGUGUAAAAGAGUGCCCUGUGUAAAUAGACCUAUUUUGCAUUCCUUUCAGGAGUGGUUAUUGAUUCCUGACUGCAGAUACCUAUUAUUACUUGGGUAUCUGUGCUUGCAAUCUUAUUGAAUGUAUUAUGAAGAAUGAAAAAGAAAUCAAACCUUAUUUUUGUACAGUUUUGAAGUUUUUACUUGGAACUGACCCACCUCCCCUUCCCAGUGGAGAGCUGUACAGUGUGUAAAUCUGCCUUUACCUUGGAUUGGUACAGUAUUUUUGCAUCUGUGGGACCUACUUCUUUGUUCUUAGUAGUUUGAACUAUAUAUAACUGUACAAUCUGUAAAGUUUUUAUAGAAUAAAUAUUCAGCUGUGAAAACUGGUUAAAUAAAACUAAUAUUUCUUAACACAUUUUAAA